AUGCCAGGGCCAGUGCCGGUGCCGCCAGUGCCAGUGUCAGUCGACGUCGCUGCCUGCUUCUCCGCCCCUUCGACGCUUGGACGCAGGAGUGCGAGGACGAGGUCGACGGCCACGACGGCACCCACCUUUGCCGUCGCAUUCGCCCCAGCCGCCGCACCUGCACCUGCACCUGCACCAACACCAACACCACCAUCACCAACACCGACGCCAGCAUCGACACCGACGACGACGACGACGACGACGACUCAUCCUCCAUCGCCAACCCCGACGCCCACUCCCACACCGACCUGCUCGCCAGCACGAGCGUCCGCCACGGCACUUGCCUCUGCACCGCCGCUCGCCUCGUCGCUCGCCUCGUCGCUCACCUCGUCGUUCGCCUCGGCCCCUACCCCCGCCGCGCAUGCCGAAUCGCCCGCGUCCCUCGUCCACUCGGCCGUGACGCAGUCGCCCUCUCCCCAACCCGCCACGCCGCCCGACCUUUUCCUUCCUCGACGAUCCAAAGGCCUCGGCGCGAGCAGCACCGUCGCCGCCCUCGACACCGCCUUCGCCUCCGCCCCCCUCGCCGACCUGCCCCCGACGACGGCGCACCACGGCGGCGGCAACCCGUUCGCCUUGUCCGACCACGACCUCGCCGACGGCGACAACGUCGACAUGACGGCCGGCGCCUUUGACGCCCACGCCAUGGGCCGCAGCCGCCAGGGCUCCUUUGUGAGCGCCGGGCCCAAGCCCAUCUCCGUCAACAACCAGCGCCGCGACAGCGUGAACCGAAACCGACGAGAGUCCCUCGCCGGCAGUCUCAUGGGCGGCAUGAGCUGGGGAGGCAUGUCAUUUGGCAGCUUCGUCCGAGAUGACCUUCCCUCUCUUGUCUCCCCCCUCGUCACUCCCCCCUCGCCACUCCCCUCUCGCCACUCCUCUCUCGCCACUCCUCUCUCGCCACUCCCCUCUCUUGCCUGGCCUUUGCUCGCCUCGCCUCGCCAGCCUUGCCUUCACUCGUCUGCCCUUCGCCUCCGUCCGGCCUCGCCGCGAGCGUGCCGUCACUCCCAUCGCCUCUCGCCUCGCCGAGAGCGUGCCGUCACUCCCAUCCUCUCGCCUCGCCGAGAGCGUGCCAACACCCCCAUCGCCUCUCCCAUCGCCUCUCGCCUCACCGCCCUGCCCACCGACCCUCCACCACGCUCCUCCCCUCACCCUCCACCGCGCUCCUUCCCCUCACCCUCAACCGCGCUCCCCCCCUCACCCUCCACUACGCUCCUCCCCUCACCCUCCGCCCGAACGCGGCGGUCUGGCCAUCACGAACCCCUCCGAGGACAGUCUUCGCCCUGCCUCUCUACGCCGACCGCCAUGACCGCGAGCGUCCGCGCCGCGCCGUCCCCCUCCCCCCCCCUCCCCCACCGUCGACCGUGUGCCUCCCGUGUGCCUCCCCUGCUGACUCUGCUUCGUCCCAGCAUCAUCAUGCACGGCAUCUCCCCCUCGCCCUUUGGCAACCCGCAGUCAUCCUCGUUCCAUUCCUCGUCGUACCUACCCAAGCUCGAGGCCAACUUCAUGCGAGACUUCACCUGCUGCGGCAAGAUCCUGCCCAACCUCCACGACCUGCUGCAGCACUACGAGGAGGCGCACACCCAGGCGAGCCCCAACUCGACCCGCCACAACGCCUUCUCCCACUUCAACCAGGUCGGCGUCCAGGGCUCGCCCGCCAUGCCGACCUCGAGGACGACGCCGACGCCGGGCCAGCAGCACGCCGCCGCCUCGGCCUUCCAGAUGCCCGGCGUCACCGCCUCCGCCGCCGCCGGUCAGAUGAAUCCGGCCCUCGCCCACGCCACCCACGACGACAUGGACGCCGUCGCCGACAUGGAGCUCGACGACGCCGUCGGCGGCAUGGAGCUCGACGACAGGAGCCAGGGCCGCAUGCCCCAGCCGAGGCAGAUGUUCGGCCAGCAGCCGCGCCCCCGCCUCAGCAUGAACACCUCGGGCCUCACCCAGGGCCUCCGCACCUCGCAGCCGCCGACGCCCGCCGCCGCGAGCUUCGGCCUGCAGAACAACCCGACCGUCUCGUCCGUCAACACGCCGACGCUCGCCACCACGACGCAGCACCAGCUGCCGCUGCAGGGCCACCAGCCCGCCGCCGCCGCCGCCGCCCUGCGCAUGGACCCCAUGGACGACGACUUUCCCGAGAUGCCCAUGGGCGGCGCCAACCCCGACAUGGCCGACGGCCACUACGCCAACGCCAACGCCGAGUCCAACUUUUGCAUCAACGACCCCGGCAAGCACCUCUUCAGCCCCAACGGCGCCUUCCCCCCCGGGAACCGCACCAUCCAGCAGCAGCUGGCCACGCUCGGCCUCCAGCAGGGCCAGUUCGCCGACCCCGAGACGAACAAGGUGCUCCUCCAGCGCCUGCAGACCAUGAUGAUGCCCGAGGAGCACAAGCCCUUCAAGUGCCCCGUCAUCGGCUGCGAGAAGGCGUACAAGAACCAGAACGGCCUCAAGUACCACAAGGGCCACGGCCACCAGACGCAGCAGCUGCACGAGAACGGCGACGGAACCUUUUCCAUCGUCAACCCGGAGACGAGCGCGCCCUACCCCGGCACCCUCGGCAUGGAGAAGGAGAAGCCCUUUCACUGCGAGACCUGCUCCAAGCGGUACAAGAACCUCAACGGUCUCAAAUACCACAAAUCGCACUCGCUGCCUUGCAACCCGGAAUUCAAGCUUCAGGCGCUCGCCGCCGGCCUGACGCUGCCCGGAACCCAGGGCAUCGCGACCGAGGACCAGGCGAUGCAGCAAUAG